GGGGUGUUUGUUUACAGUGGACCCGUGGAUGUGUUCCCAUCGCCUGUAGGACAUAAUGGAAGUACACACCUGAGACUUUUGGUCACGCUACAGGCGAGGUUUUAAGUCACAUGACGACUUUGGAAUUAGUUGCCUUUGCAGUUCUUUGGUCAUCAUCACACCAAAAAGCUAAAGUAAAAGCAAAAUGGCUGACUGGUUAGUUAGCACGACCUCUCAUGUCAUUUUUUGUUCAAGUCCCACAAAGAGAAUGAAUCUGUUCCAGGGUCAAACUGUGGCCAUCAUGACAUUUUUACCCGUACAUGCAAUGAUGGCGAGUCAUGCAAGUGUAAAAAGAAGUUAAUGAUAGAUUAGCUGCCAUGACAGCUGCGUGUCUUGUGUGAUGUUGUGUGUUUUGAUGGGAUGUUGGAGGUUCUCCAAUGUUUUGAUUGAUGAAGGCGGCUCCGGAAUUAUGUCAACAAUUUCCAUGACCUUGCAAUGAAUGUCCAGGCAGGACGAAGAUGUCAAUUGGAAUGUGGAAGGAGUGUUUCUUUCUGGUGGAGGUUCCACGCUGCGUGCUGUUCUCCUCAAGGCAAUUGACAUCAUGGCAGGGUGUUGGCCGCUGCUUUGACAGCUGUUGUUCAUUGCAGCUUUGCACCCGCAAACGCGAUUUUCCUCCAGUAUUGGUUGCAUGGAAGACUGGGAAGACCGCCGUGUCCGGUGUUCUCGUGAAACGUGCUGCGCCGCGCCGUUAUUGUGUAAGAACGCUGAUGAAUUAUGCAGCCCGCCUCGCUCCAUUAUUGAGCAGCCUCGCUUGCGUUUUUAACCGUGAAAGUGUUGACAUCGUGCCAGGGCACCUUGAGACGUGCUAACGCUAUCCUUGAUGGAGUAUUAUCAUCCCACGUAUAAAUCUCAUACACAUCCGCAUAACACAAAUACAUUCUCAUAGUAAAUAAUUAGUCAUUCUAAUUGACAACAGAAUACUAUUAGAAGAGAAGACUUGGAAUUAAAUGUCUUUUUUCUGAACAGUGUAACACGGCGAGUUCAAAAGUCGCCGACAAGAAAAGUCAUCAUCAUCAUCAUCCUCCUGUGCACUCAAACCACUAAAGUCGUCUCCUUCAGUGUUGGAAUUGAACAACCUGAUAAUGUGAUUGCUUUGUCACACACUUUAUCAGCCUCUCUCGGUCUGGAGGCUAACGAGCGCCUCUGCUGUUCUCCUCAUCACAUCCAGCCUUUCCGAUAUUCACAUCUAACACAGGAAAUACGCCUUUCAGUUUGUUUUUUUUGUUGUCGUGAGCACUUAAGGCACAGUAAUGCUAAUGCUAAUGCACUGGUUUAGCCCCAGUUGCUGGUUUGCAGUGUCUUCAUGUGGUGUUUGCCGAGGGAUGGAGGAGCCUCACCUAGGGACGAAGGUCAUCGGAACCCUCUUACCUUGUGACCUGGCCGUGCUGUGUUGGCGUUUAUUUCCGGUGUUUGACUGGAGUACCAGAUUGGGGGGGGGGGCGGGGGCAUCUAUUCCAUCAUAGCUGAGUAACAGAGGCAUUGAUCCGCUCCCAAACGAUCCAGAGCCAAAGUGGGCUGCUGCUGAGAAAAACAUUAUUGAUCCAAAAGGUGGAGUGGCGGCUGUAACAAAUGCCGGUUGUAAAUGGGACAACACGGACGGCACGCUACGUCGGAGGAAGUGAAAGCAAGGGAAAAUGAGCCGGAAAAGAGCGACCUCGCCUCUCUCUCAUCAAUCCAACGGUGCAGGACCCGCUUGCUCGUCCGCCGGCUACCACAAGGCAGAUGAUGAGAUGUCCGGGACCACGUCGCAGGCGGAGCCCAUAGACGCCACGGCACGGACGGUGCUGCUCAACCGGCCCCAGACCACCAAGUUCUGCGACAACCACGUCAGCACCACCAAGUAUGGCGUCCUCACCUUCCUUCCCCGCUUCCUGUACGAGCAGAUCAGGAGGGCCGCCAACGCCUUCUUCCUCUUCAUCGCACUCAUGCAGCAAAUCCCCGACGUGUCACCGACGGGCCGCUACACCACGCUGGUCCCGCUCAUUUUCAUCCUCACCGUGGCGGGCAUCAAGGAGAUCAUUGAGGACUACAAACGACAUAAAGCGGACAACACGGUCAACAACAAGAAGACGACAGUGCUGCGGAGCGGAGCCUGGCAGACCGUCGUGUGGAAACAGGUGGCAGUAGGAGACAUAGUAAAGGUGACCAAUGGCCGGCACCUCCCGGCCGACAUGGUCAUUGUGUCAUCCAGCGAACCACAAGCAAUGUGCUACACGGAGACCUCAAACCUGGAUGGUGAAACCAACCUGAAGAUCCGACAGGGUCUUUCCCUCACCGCGGGCUUCCAGACCCUGGAGGAUUUGAUGGCCUUGUCUGGUCGGUUGGAGUGUGAAGGUCCAAACAGACACCUGUACGACUUCACCGGGACCCUGAGGCUGGAGAACCAAAAUCCUGCUCCUCUAGGUCCAGACCAGGUCCUGCUGCGUGGAGCUCAGAUCCGGAACACGCAGUGGGUGGUGGGAAUUGUGGUCUACACCGGCCAUGACUCCAAACUCAUGCAGAACUCCACCAAGGCGCCGCUGAAGCGCUCCAAUGUGGAGCGGGUCACCAACAUGCAGAUCCUGGUCCUGCUCGGCAUCCUCCUGGUCAUGGCCUUGAUCAGCUCCGUGGGCGCCGCCAUCUGGAACAGACAGCACACAGACGUUUCCUGCUGGUACCUCUCACGUGUUGGCGACAUCUCUGCCAACUUUGCCUACAACCUGCUGACGUUCAUCAUCUUGUACAACAACCUGAUCCCCAUCAGCCUGCUGGUCACCCUGGAGGUGGUCAAGUUCACGCAGGCCCUCUUCAUCAACUGGGAUAUGGAGAUGUACUACGCCGAGACGGACACGCCAGCCAUGGCUCGAACGUCCAACCUGAACGAGGAGCUGGGCCAGGUCAAAUAUCUCUUCUCUGACAAGACGGGCACCCUCACCUGUAACGUCAUGCACUUUAAGAAGUGUACCAUCGCAGGAAUCACCUACGGCCACUUCCCUGAUCUUGACUGUGAUCGGUCCAUGGAGGACUUCAGCAACCUGCCGUCCAACAGCCACAACUCCACAGAGUUUGAUGACCCCACUCUCAUCCAGAACAUCGAGAAAGGCCACGCCACGGCUCCUCACAUCUGCGAGUUCCUGACCAUGAUGGCGGUGUGCCACACGGUGGUGCCAGAGCGAGAGGACGACCAGCUGGUCUACCAGGCCUCCUCGCCAGACGAGGGCGCUCUGGUCAAAGGCGCCAAAGGUCUGGGCUUCGUGUUCACCGCCAGGACGCCGCAUUCCGUCAUCAUCGACGCCAGAGGGAAGGAGUUGACCUACGAGCUGCUAAACGUUUUGGAGUUUUCCAGCAACCGCAAACGCAUGUCGGUGGUGGUGCGGACCCCCAACGGGAGGCUCCGCCUUUACUGCAAAGGCGCGGAUAACGUCAUAUUUGAGCGUCUGACCGCGGACUCCCAGUACAAAGACCUGACUGUCGCUCACCUGGAGCAGUUUGCCACCGAAGGCUUGAGGACUUUGUGCUUCGCCUAUGUGGACUUGGAGGAAGACGCCUAUCAGGAGUGGUUGAAGGAGUACAACAGGGUCAGCACCGUGCUCAAGGACAGAGCUCAGAAACUGGAGGAGUGUUACGAGCAGCUGGAAAAGAACCUGAUGCUGUUGGGGGCCACCGCCAUCGAGGACCGCCUCCAGGCCGGCGUCCCCGAAACCAUCGCCACACUAAUGAGAGCUGACAUCAAGAUCUGGGUCCUCACCGGAGACAAGCAGGAGACGGCCAUCAACAUCGGUUACUCGUGUCGCCUGGUGACGCACGGCAUGUCCCUCAUCAUUGUCAACGAGGACUCUCUGGAUGCGACCCGCGCCACCCUGACGGCUCACUGCUCAUCCUUGGGCGACUCGCUGCGGAAGGAGAACGAGCUGGCGCUGAUCAUCGACGGCCAGACGCUGAAGUACGCGCUGUCGUUUGAGCUGCGUCAGGCCUUCCUGGACCUGGCCUUGUCUUGCAAGGCGGUCAUCUGCUGCAGGGUGUCCCCGCUGCAGAAGUCUGAGAUCGUGGACAUGGUGAAGAAGCACGUGAAGGCCAUCACGCUGGCCAUCGGCGACGGCGCCAACGACGUGGGCAUGAUCCAGACGGCUCACGUGGGCGUGGGCAUCAGCGGCAACGAGGGCAUGCAAGCCACCAACUCCUCCGACUACUCCAUCGCGCAGUUCUCCUACCUGGAGAAGCUGCUGCUGGUCCACGGCGCUUGGAGCUACAACCGUGUCACCAAGUGCAUCCUCUACUGCUUCUACAAGAACGUGGUGCUAUACAUCAUUGAGCUCUGGUUUGCCUUUGUGAACGGCUUCUCGGGUCAGAUCCUGUUUGAGCGCUGGUGCAUCGGCCUCUACAACGUGAUGUUUACCGCUCUGCCUCCGUUCACUCUGGGGAUUUUCGACCGGCCGUGCAGCCAGCAGAACAUGCUUCGCUUCCCUCAGCUUUACCGCAUCACCCAGAAUGCCGAGGGCUUCAACACCAGGGUGUUCUGGGGUCACUGCUUCAACGCCCUGUUUCACUCCAUUAUUCUCUUUUGGUUCCCCCUAAAAAUGUUGGAGCACGACUCUCCCUUUGAUAACGGUCAAGGCAACGACUACCUUUUUGUCGGGAACAUGGUCUACACGUACGUUGUCGUCACCGUGUGUCUGAAAGCUGGAAUGGAGACCACCGCCUGGACCAAGUUCUCCCACCUGGCGGUUUGGGGAAGCAUGGCCCUCUGGCUGGUCUUCUUUGGGGUCUACUCGGCCAUCUGGCCCACCUUUCCCAUCGCCCCCGACAUGUUGGGCCAGGCUGGUAGGGUGAUGCAGUGCUGGUACUUCUGGUUGGGUCUGGUCCUGGUGCCCACCGUCUGCCUACUCAAAGACUUUGCUUGGGCAUCGACCCGUCGCACGGUACGGAAGUCUCUCCUGGAGGAAGUGCAGGAGCUUGAAGCGCACGCCGUGGAUCCGGGUGCCGCCGUGCUGAGGGAUGCCAGUGGACGCAGUCUAAACGAACGGGCCCAUCUUCUGACAAGAGUUAGGAAGACGGCCUCCAGCCUCGGACGCUCCAACUCGGUGCAGCAGACCGUGACACAUGGCUACGCCUUCUCCCAGGAGGAGCACGGCGUGGUGUCCCAAUCCCAGGUGGUGCGCUCCUACGACACCACCCGCCAGCGGCCCAGCAUCUAGCCACGCCCCCCCCCCCCCCCCCCGAGCAAGUCCUCAAGACGGUGCGUGGAUCCCUCAUAGCCGUGGCCUUACUGGGACCUGGACUUGUUCUUCUUGGAGGCGAACUUGAAGGAGACGAUGGGGAACAAGCUUCAAACGUCAGUCCUGCCCACGCUAGGCAUGACGAGUCGAACUCAGAGACUGUUAAUCACCCUCAGCCUGGGUUGGAUUCAUUCAUGCUGCUGCUGCGUCUUUCCUGUGUGUGUGCGUGCGUCCACGGUUCCCUCUUUUUUUCCGUGAGGUUUUUUUUCUUUUGCUCCUCACUCAUCGCAUGCCGACAUCAGAGAGCGCAGGACGUCCAAAUAAACACACACGGAUGAAUUCCUCGGAGCGGGAAAAGAGCCCGGUCUCGCUGCCAAACACCACAGGGAUGCUGCUGAGGCAGAACCGACCCCCGAGCGCCUCCCCACCCUCCCUUACCACACUACAGCAUCCUUCCUUCCUUAUCUCCUCACUUCCUAUCUCUCCAUCUCCAGCUUCCACCACUGGACUUUUUUCAUUUGACUUCCCUUUUUUUCAUGACGAAUGCUUCAUGUUUUUGUACUGGUGUCCUGGAGGGAACAUUCUACUUGAACUAGAUCCGAUUCCGCAUGGAGAUGCUGUCUUCUCGUGGUGUUUUUUUCUUUUUUCUUUGUCUGCGUGUUCUGUUGUGUGUCGACGUCUCUCUCUCUCUCGCUCUCUCUCUCUCUCUCUCUCUCUCUCUCGCUGCUUCUUCUGGAAUGCCGAGACUGAAAGCUUGUACGAGGGGAUUGUCCAUCCAAAUCAUCCUAAUCAUUAAAUCUAAUCAAUCCAACGUCUGUGCCGUCUCCUGGCUGGAAGGAGCAUGCUCUCCACGCCUUAAAGUAGCAUUUCCUACAAAAAGCAGUUGUUGCUAGUUUAAAGCCCAAAUAUGUUGCUUCGUUUUCGUGCGCUUGAGAGGUUUGCGCAGCACGACGCCUCUUUCUAGGAAACAAUCUUGCUAAUUCUACGAUGUCAUGCUACGUUCUAGUUAGCGUUUGAAUUAGUAGUUUUCUAAACAUUAGAACCUGCUCCAAGCUUCUUUUGUGUGAGGGGGGGGGGCAUUUCUGCCUGUAAAGGUCAUGGAAAUAAUCCAGGGUCAAACAUAAAAGCUUUAUUAACCUGAAAGCCACGUUAAUUGUUCCUAAUUUUUUUUUAUAUCUGAUUAACUUAUGGUUGUCCUCGUUGCGUAAAUUCUAAUUUGUUUGUUUUUUAGUUCUGGAGAAAAAAAAUGAGGGUGGGGUGACAUUUUGACAUGACGGCUUACUGUUAAGGAGUAUUUUAUAAGUGUAAAAAUAAGUUAACCACCUUCCAUUUUGACACGCGAACGCGAGUGGGGGGGGGCGGGGCAAAGUAUAAUUCUGAAGUGACGUCUAAUGUGGUUCAAACUUCAACAUUUUCAGCAACUUUUUUCACACAAACGCUCUAAACUCCUUGCAUUUCAAACUUCCUCUUCUCCCACGCUCCUUUUCCCGAUGUAGACCUUUAGGAUUAAUACACUCCCCCCCCGAUCCCUGGGACUCUGGAGCCCGAGCAGCGAUGCAUUUCCCACCCACCUUCCUGGACGUGCAGUAUGGAGAAUCCAUCUCCAUUCUUGCCAAGAGCUACUUACCAGCGCCACACCUCCAUGUUGCUGUGCUGAUGUGACAGCUACUAGUUAGCGUGCACAGUGUGUGUGUCUGCUGUGUGUGUGUGUGUCUCUGCUGUGUGUGUGUGUGUGUGUGUGUAAUUGCUCUUUCAGGGAGAUUAGCAACAUGAGACGGCUAUGCGUGCAAAACUCUGGACCAAGGCCCUUCCUCUUCCGAGUGCAUGCUGUUACUCGGCACAUACUGGCCUAUUAAAGGUCCCCUAUUGUGCCAAAGUGACUUUUUAAUGAUGUUCUACCGGUAAUGUGUUCCUACAGCCUGUUUAUGAGCAUCAAACAUGAGGAAAGUCUAUCAUCUCCCUCACGUGUUGGCUCUACUUUGGAAAGAAGCCGCCAUUUUUGAAGUCCUCUGAAGUCCAGGCUUUGCCACACAUCUUGAAAUAAAAGGUGUUUGAUUCCAGCCGUCCCAUCGUGGCUCCAACAUGGCUCCUUCACGCUAUCGAGGAAAUGGUGACGGGGGCCUGCUUGGCCUGUCAGCACUCAACUGUGCAAGUAUUAAAUACAGCAACACCCCGCCCACCGCCGCCACCCACCCCACCGCCCCCGUCGUCACAGGAGGGGCGAGAAGUCUUUCCACUCCGGCCGUAAUCUUCACGCCGCCUUUCAUCCACACGGCAACGGCUGUGGGUGCCUGAACGGUAUGUUUGCAAAACGCCGUCACGGUGGGAGAGUCGAACUAUUACUUCCUGGAAUGGAUGAUGUCACUGUCAUGUGAGCAGAAAUGGGCGGUUUAUGGUGUACUGCUGCCAAAAAGCGGCCUAGAAAAUGGAUGCUGCCAUCCAGACUUUGUCUUUUACUCUUUGUCAGUCUAGACCAGAGAUGGGCAAACUACGGCCCGGGGGCCACAUGCGGCCCGCCAAGUGUUUGAAUACGGCCCAAAGUAUUUCAUUGAAACUUAACAUAGUACAACCUGGCAUCAUGGUACAACCUUGGUACACCAUGGUACAAGUACAUAUAGCUGAUUGCACUACAUUUUUACAGAUACAAUAAUUCCAGGUAGACUGUUACGUGUAGAAUAUAUAGUAUGCCCCCCCACCCCCGUCAAUUUUGUUAAGUCAAUGCGGCCCGCGAGUCAAAAAGUUUGCCCACCCCUGGUCUAGACCUUGUGUGCAUGUCUUCUAUAGUUGUGGUGUGUCACGUGGUUCUGUGUGUGCGCCACAUGUUGGUCACCAAGUGAUCCGUUCCCGUGUGGAUGUGACUUAUUCACUGAGCCGAUACCGUUCGUUUUUUUUCCCCAAACGGUCAUAAAAACCCAGGAGCGUUCCCGGGAGACGACAUAUUUGGCCUUGUGUGAGUGUGUGAGACUUUCUACUGUAUGUUUUUUCUUGUGGGUGGCAGCAGCGGGGGCCGGUGGGCGGAGCGUCACAGACCAUGUCCUGUGCUCACUUCAUUAGAGUUUAAAUAGUCUGCAGGGAGAUUUCAACAUGGCGCCACCUGCGUUUGCCAUCACUCGCUGGACCACAUCCCCUUAACGCACUUCACACUUCACCUCUCUCACACACACACACACACACACUUUGACCGCACAAAUGUUGUCAAGUGCCGAUGUGCACGUCACCUGUAAGCGCAGCUUGUGCUCACGGCUAAGAAUCAUCCAACCAUCACUCAGACUUCCGUACUUGCAAGUAUUUUCUUGAUGCAGCACCCUCAACAUGACAUCCAACGGAUGCCACAUUUGUCGGCAAAAAGGUCCCAGGCCGCCCGGCUGCCCCUCACACCGUCACGGGGGGGUAUUUCUGCUCACUGGCGACGCUGGAACCCCCAGCUUGAGGAGGGCAAGGGGACUGGAGGGGCCUGUACCCGCCUUGCGUGGGGUCUAUGAAGGUGGGAGCCGGGGACACAGGGUGGGCGUACCCGAUGUACUGCGGGUGCAGGAACUGUCCCUGGUGGGGCAUGAUCUGGGUGGCCUGCUGGCAGUUGAGUACGGAGAAGUUGGUGGGCAUGUUGACGAAGACGCUGGCGUCCGGCGGCAAGCAGCACGAGGCCUGGGCCCGCACCAGAGGGGCCGGAGGCGGGGCGGGGCGGGGGUUGCCGGCGGGGGCGGAGGAGCUGGAUGACGUGGCGGUGCUGGACUGACGCGACGACGAGCCCCUGGAGGUGUUGGACAUCAUGGGGAUGGUCUCCAGGAGGCGGCCCCCGCCGGCCGCACCCCCUGAGGUGCCGCCCACGGACGCCAACUCCUGCUUGGGUCGGAGGCAGCGGCAGCAGCACAAGGCCACCACGGAGCCCACCAGGAUGAACGCCACGAAGACGGAGCCCACGAUGAGGAAGGGCACGUAGAUGGGCACUGCGGAGGGGGACACGGAGACAUCAAAGUCCGGUCCAGAGACACAGAAACCGGUCCCUGUUUGGACUCUACUCAAAGAAUGAAAGGUGCUCCGGGAUUUGGUCCCCAGGGAGCCGGCCUGAGAGCCUCAUUAGCACUUAUCAACUUUGUUUUGAUCUCUUCUAAUCCUCUAGAACCCUGCUGGGUGUGUCAGGUUCUCCUCGGUCUGAGAGGACAUUCGGUUUCAAAGGUGAGGACCCUCUUUUUUUUCAGCUAGAUGGGUCCUCCAUAGCAAGGUAGCACAUUUAUUAGACAUAAAACACGUGUAAUAAUAUUAUGUGUAGUUAGUCUGUGUUAUUGUGGUUUACGCUACAUAAUCACUACAAAUGGCGCAAAGUAUUACGAUGCACGGCAUCCAUUUCUGCAUUGGGUGUACCCAAUAAAGUGUCCAGCCGUUGCAUGAGUCAGGUUAUGUGUUGGACAUUCUUGAGGCAGUUAUUCUUGGCCAGACUUAAAUCUUGGCUUCCGCCUAAAGAAAAGGAGAAAAUCAAAGGCCUGACUUGGCUUUAAAACGGCAAACGGUAAUGUAUGAUUUGCCAGCUCGCCGAGACACACGGCGGAGAGUCUGUCAUGUUGCAAACGGAUCAAGGAAAUCUGUACGCUGGCUUUUUUUUUGUUGUGGCAAAGCCGCUGAAAGGAGCGCGGAAAGAGUCGUGUUCACACCUCGCCAGCACAAUAACGUCGGUGUUACGAGCGGUUGGUUUUAUGGCCCCCCACGGGCUGCAGUUCUUUUCCAUUCUCCGUGUUGCCCUCCUGUGUGUGUUACGAGGUGUAACUGUAUGCCAAACAGCCAGCGAUGGCAACUGGCUCCAGUUUCCUUUUGUCUGCACGCUCUUUCAGCCUUGAGAAAAACUCUUUUUUUUUUUUUUUUUUUUU